AUGGCCAUGUUUGACGACCAUCCUUCUAGAGAGGAAAUUGAUCCGGGUAUCAGUCCGUCGAUGACGCCGAAUCAGCCAGUCUCGGGGUUGCCUCUCAUUCUGCGACAGAGCUAUGCUGAGACCUUUGUAGAAUACUGCUACCCGUGGUGUCCGGUGCUAUACCGGGAGGACCUUCUGGACGUCCACCUCCCCUUCGCACGGUCCCAACUCCUGCAGCAAGCAAUGGGCCUGUUGGGCACGACCAUCAAUCCCCCAAGACUUUCCCAUCCGGCUCGUCGGGCACACUAUGAGAAGUUCAAAUCGCUGUUUCAUGGCAGCACGGAGCGAAAUCCUUUGGUGAGGAUUGUCUCCAUCAUUCUCAUCUACUGGUGGAGUGCUGGUCCCCCCAGUGUGGUCAGCAUGGAUAGUCAAUACUGGUGGACGUCUAUUGCAAUCCGACUGGCUCAGGAGAUUGGUCUCCACCGUGAGGUAACUCCCGGGCAGACGCUAAGACCUGGCGAAACAAAAAUCCUGAGACGUUGCAUAUGGUGGACGUUAUUUGCGAGAGAACGCUUGACAUCGGUGUGUCAGGGACGCCCGUGCAUCAUCCACCCCGAGGACACCAACGUCAAGCUCCCGAGAGUGGACGAGUUCCCGUGUGACCGACGCGACCAGGCCGAAGUCUUCAUCUCCUGGGUCCAGGUUUGCCAGAUCAUCGGGGACUUGUCCAAGCACUUGCACAGUCGGAGCAGUGCAAGCGGAUCUCCCUUUGAGCUGGCACAGAGGUUGAUCACAUGGGUGACGGCGCUACCAGCACGCUUGAGGCUGCCAUUCAGCACCGCGGGGACCUCCCGCUUCGACCGCCAUGUCUACCAGCUCCAUCUCCCUUACCUGUCGGCCAUCACCCUCCUCUACAUGAGCGCUUCGACGCAACCGCUCCCCAAGGCAUAUAGCGCGGCCGUCCUUUCCGCUUCGUGCGUGGCGCGCAUCUUCGAAGACUUCUUGGCUCGGGGAUCCAUUGCAUUCCUUCCAGGCGUGGCGGGCUGGUACGUCAGCAUCGCCAUCCUUGCCCUCCUGCAUGCGCGUCGGAUCGAGCCCCUGAGGAUGGCCGCGAACGAGGAAAUCGACAUUCUUUUCCUUGCUCUGCGGGAAAUGUCCCGCCUCUGGCACUCCUCGAGGAUGUUCUUAUUGGGCUUUGAGAAGCUGCUGGCCGGCGUCAACCCUGACACAUCUGCCUCGUCCCAGGUGGCGAGCGGCAAUCUACCUCAGGCGCUGGGGUUGAGUGAGUUGGACAUCUUGGAUGGCGUCGAUUACCACGACUUCUUCCCCGGUGCCACGACCGAGACGACCCGGCUGUUCGCGGUUCUCCUUGGCCAUGAUCGCCCGCCACUCUUCUUCGACCCGGAAUGGGCCAGCGACAUCGGCUCACAACUCCAGGGCAUGUUUGAUCAAUCGUACGACGAUCUAGAUCUCGGAUUUUCCGUGAACGGCAUUUGA